AUGACCCAGAGAGAAAAAGGCAACGGGGGUCCCAGGAAAAGUGGAGAGGGACAAACGGCUGAGGCUGGAUUCCCCGCAUCUGGGCAAACCAGGACACCUCAAUGCGGAGCAUCUAACGACUCCAGCCUGAGAAAGCCAUUUCUUGAGCUGGCACAAACCCUGGGCGGGGAUGCUCCGGAAGAGGCGAGCACGGGAAGAAAGGGAAGGAGGGGAGAGGCGCGGAGGGAGGCGCGGGGGCGGCGGCGGGUCCCCCCGGGUCGCGGGCGCCGCCCCGGCGGGGACCUCGGCGCGGCGGGCCGGAGAGGCAGGGUGACCUUCCGCCGAGGCCAGCUCAAGGAGGCGCGGGCUCGGAGCACCGUGCCGCCGCCGCCGGCUCUCGAGGCUGCGCUCGCCCGCACAGCGGCGAACACCGCGCCCGGGAUUCCAGCCGGGCUCGUCCCCGGGCGGAACGCGGCGCUUGCCAGCUCCGCGUCCGGGCCGCGAGCCGCGGCCUCCGCCCGGACACACCCCCGCCGCCCCGGCGGCCGCAGCCUCUCCCGGGGCGGCCCGGGCGGGCGGCGCUCACCUGCACCGCAAGCCGAGCCCGGCGCCGGUGGUCUGGGAGGCUCCGCGCCGCGAGGGGCAGAAGGACGAGUCCGACGGGCGGCGGCGGAGCCGGGGCGGCAGGAGGAGGAGGAAGACUCGGAGCGCUCGGCUCUCUGGAGACCCACCCUCCUCCUGGCCGCGCUGCAGCAGCCGCCGCAGAUCACUUCCGGGGCACCGGGAGGCGGGGCGGGGCCGGCUGGGACUCACUUCCGUCCGCGAGCGCCGAGGAGCGAGCUGGGGGCCGAGGCCGGAGAACAAUGGCCGGGAGGGCGCGUGCCGAGUGCGGGCUGCGCCGCCCUUGGGACGGCCCCACCCCCACUCCCCGCGCCCGGCGAGGUGGAGUCGCCUCCCGGGGGCCCGGGCGCGGCCGGGAGGUUCCCGGAUCUCGGCGCCGGCGCCGCGCCGCCCCUGUCACUCUUCUGGGGCCGCGGGGGGAGGGGGGUUGUCGGGGAAGGAGGGAGAGCCGCGGCCGCCAUCUUGCUCCCGGGGGGGCGGCCGCUUCUCCCCGGCGUGUUCCACGGCGGCGCGGGCGACGUGGCUCGUCGCGAGCCGAGUCCUUGCGGCGGCUCGGUCACCCCCUGCCCCGGCCGGAGCGUCUCGGUGACCGCGGGCCCCUGGGGAACGCUCCCCGCCGACGGCGCCGGGGGCCCGGACACCGCGGCUCUGGCGUCCCGCGUGGCGCCGCCACCACACGGCGGCCCCAUCGUGUCUUUUGGUGGCUUCAGUUAGAACGAAUGUCAAAGCAAUAGUCACAUCCCAGACGAUGCGUCAGGGAUAGCCGAAUUAUCUCCAAUU